AAUGACCUCAACCUCAAAACGUCUGGAACAUAGUACUCGGAUAUCAAUACAAGAUUACAUAUCCAUGGAUGUUAGUGACUCUGGAGUAAUCACAAUCAGUGGAGAAGAACUUGAAGAUUGGCGGGAAAAUGAUUUUUACCUUAUUAAAGGUACAAUUGCAUCACUGGGAACACCUAACCACCUUAAUGCCCCUACAUCUUCAUCUACACCGAAUGGUUAUGAAACUUCAACACAAAAUGAUAUGUUUAGUGAGUUAGACACACCCAACUCAACUGAUAUAGCCAAUGACAUUGAUAUUGGAGAAGACAGCAUAAUUUUCUUCCUCAAUAGGGAUACACAUACCAUUGUACAGAACACUCAAACAGAUGUUGAACAACCAGGGAUAUCACAGUCAAUUCUGCAACCAACAACUAUCCCAGAAACACAACAGGACCCCGAACUAAUACAGCCUCAGCAACAUGAGCAAAUUACUUCUCAACCAGAGGAAGGAGAACUGUUACUUAGUGCUAUCACACCUACCCAAGCCAAUCCCCCUCCCACAUCAGAGAAAUCAGAACCCCCUAAAACAUCUAACAUUGCCAACCCAUCUCCCAAUCUAGAGAUACAGAACCAAAACAAAAAGCUACGUUCAAGGGUUAUUUCACUGGAGAAACAACUAGAAGAAGUCAAUGCCAAAUAUACCCAACACUUUUCUGACCUGAAUGCGAGACUAAAUGACUUACAGUCUCGACUAAAUGCAUCAGAUAAGCAACGUGAGGAUGAUACCACUGCCAAUAAACUUCUUCAUAAUGAAGAGAUAAGAGACAUAUCAACAAAACUCGAACUUUACGAACAAAAUGAGAAACAUCAUAUUACUACAAUACAAGGCCUGAAAGCAGAUCUGAGUACACAACAUAGAAAAAACACUGUCCUAGUACAGAAGCUACAAAAUAUGGGAUGUGACAUCUUUAAUAAUUCUCUCCCACAGUCAAUGACACCACCCAGUAAACCCACCUGCACAAAAGCAGAGCCCCUAAGAGACCAGCUAUAUGGAAAUUUUUGCGCAGAACAGAGGCUUCAGAUUCAUCAACAUAAAUGAUCUCAACAAAUCGACAGUGCAAGAACCUAACAUGGAUGUGCUAUUUAGUGACAGACUACACUUCAACAACAUUGGACGUAACCGCC